UACAUGCAAAUAUUUCCCCAGGCGCACCGUACUUUUGGAGUAGAUGUCAGUGGUGCAUUUGUGAAACAACCGAGAGAACCACCCUUCAGAUAAGAAACACAAACCACCAGGACAGACCAGAGCCUUCAAAAGGAAACAAACCUGGCUUUACCGUUGCAGUGAGAGCAAAACAAAAGAUAUGACAACUGGGGUUGUGAGAAUUUGACUUCGGCAAACAGUUGGUUUUUGAAGAAGAAACACAACCAAGUGAAGUGGCUUGAUUUGGCAAUGUCUUGUUUUAUUGGGGCUAUCGUUGCUGUCUGUGCGUGUGCAUAGGAUGCAUCCUUCCCUGGCUUUUGAUGCUGUACAGAUCCUUCUUCCUCUCAUCAGUGUGAUUAACUAAUAGGCAUGGUUUUCUCCUCGGAAAGCUGCCGUGUUUCACUGUUUUCACGUUAGUUCUGUUUGUUUAAGGGCAGCACGUCUCCUCCCGGUGCGACACAUGCAAUUUCUAGAGUAUAUUUUCUAUUACCGACUCUCCGAGGUGGCAUCCUUUAUUCGCCAGAAGAAGAAAAAAAACACCUUUAUUGCGAAGUCUGACAGAUAGAGAAAUAUUUUCAUCAGGUGAAUGAAAACGCAUUUAUGCGACCUGGAUAUUUACUAUUUUUCUAUGAUACAAUUGGUAGCCCUGUCCCGGAGAACUGAAACAAUUGUGUUAUUAUGCAACCGCAAGGAUCUCAUCUAUAUCUGGGUGUUUAAGCCACUGGAUUGCUCUUCGCCCAAAUCAAUGUGGUUUCUUUGGAACAUUUUCAGCAAAGGAACGCAUAUGCUGCAGUGUCUUUGUGGCAAGAGUCUUAAGAAAAACAAGAACCCAGAAGAUCCCCAGCUCAAGGGUAUAGUGACCAGGUUAUAUUGCAGGCAGGGAUACUACUUGCAAAUGAACCCAGAUGGUUCUCUCGAUGGGACCAAGGAUGACAGCAGUAACUCCUCUUUGUUCAACUUGAUUCCUGUGGGUCUCCGAGUUGUUGCGAUUCAGUCUGUGAAGACAGGGUUAUACAUCUCCAUGAACGGGGAGGGCCAUCUGUACACAUCAGAACUCUUUACGGCAGAAUGCAAGUUCAAAGAGUCUGUGUUUGAGAACUAUUAUGUGAUCUACUCGUCGAUGCUGUACAGGCAACAGGAGUCAGGGAGAGCUUGGUUCCUGGGGCUCAACAAAGAGGGCCAAGCCAUGAAGGGGAAUCGAGUGAAGAAAACAAAACCAGCUGCUCACUUCCUGCCCAAGCCAUUAGAAGUUGCUAUGUACAGAGAGCCAUCGUUGCAUGAUGUAGGAGAGACCAAAGCGCCCAAAACAGCCGUCCCUCCCAGUAAAAGCACAACCGAGCCCCCAGUGAUGAAUGGAGGCAAACCAGUCAGCAAGCCUACUACUACUACUACUGCUACUGCUGCUAAGCCCCCCACAUAGCCACAAUUCACCUGGUGUGUGUGUGUGUGUGUGUGUGUGUGUGUGUGUGUGUGUGUGUGUGUGUGUGUGUGUGUGUGUGUGUGUGUGUGUGUGUGUGUGUGUGUGUGUGUGUGUAUGUGUGUGUGUGUGUGUGUGUGGCUGGAGGGAGGGAGGGACGUACAUGAUGGAGUCAGGGAUUUUCCCUACCAGACUCCAAACCUGCACCCUCUUUCUUCUGUGGAUUAGUUCCAGGCAAUCUCUCGGUCCUUCCUUUCUCCUCCUCUCUCUCUUUCUUUCUUUCUCUUUAACUCAUCAAUGGGGGAUCGAUGCAGAAGGGUGGUCGCCUCCGCCCCCACCCCCCAAAACAGAAGGAAGAGUGACUCUGACAAUGGAAUCCGUAAAAAUGAUGUGUGUUUCACGGCCACAUGUGAUACCUUGCUUGCUGACGGUAACCCAAGACCACCCCCUCUACAUAUAUGCCCUGUUGCAACAGUGUGUGUGAUUAAGAUCUAUUUUCUAUACCACAGUGCACCAGCUAUGUUCUGGGGUAGAUGCUUUACACACAUAGUAAAAAAGAAAAUGGACUGCUAUCUUCUACUUUUUACAAGUAUAUUCCCGUCUCUUUCUCUUUCUAUUCUCACAUUUUUCUCUUUGUUGAGUAACUUAGAAAAAAAGUACAUUUUGCAGGGGCAGUGUGUGGUUUUGUAAUACACGCAUUCAUGCCGAUGUAUACUCAACACACACAGACACAUUGACACUGAAAUACACUCUUCUUCCCAUACACAACACAUACACACACACACACACACACACACACACACACACACACACACACACACACACACACACACACACACACACACACACACACACACACACACACACACACACACACACACACACACACACACACACACACACACGAAAUAAGAUGCCACCGGUGGCUUGGUUCCAGGGACUCAUUUAGGAAGUCUGGUGUUUGGGAAGCACUACAGAUACGCACGCAUGCACGCACACACACACACACACACACACACACACACACACACACACACACACACACACACACACACACACACACACACACACACACACAC